GAGAGGAAAGAAAGACACCCAACCUCUCUUUCUUAUAUGCUCGGCCUUCGCACUCCAUACACGAGAUACAGAGAGAAGUGAUGUUCUCCCGAAAACAGAGCAGAAGCUUAUCAACAGCUUCUUCAAUCCUAACUUCCAAAUCCGACAUCCAAACAGCUUCCAAAAUCUCAAACACCCUCGUUACCUCCGGCUGCAAUUCCCCCCAAAUCAAAUCCUUCCUUCCCAAUCUCACCCCUCAAAUCACCCACCUCAUCCUCUUAAAUCCAAAGCUCCCAACCAAAACCUGCCUAGAUUUCUUCAAUCUCCUCACAAAAUCCCAACCACCCAUUUUCCAGAACCACCAUCUCCAACCCCACCUUUCUCUAAUAUGCAGACUCGUCAAACAAAGAAAUUUCCCAUUAGCCAAACAUCUUUUGAAAUCUGUAUCCAUUGAUGAAAAUCUCAAAACCCCAUUUCCUGUCAUAGCCUCAGCGAUUGAGAAUUGUUGCAAUGAGGCAAAGAUUUCAGAAAAAGUGUUCAAUAUGCUCUUCAGAAUAUAUUCAGAUGCAAACCUGUUUGAUAUGGCCUCUGAGAGUUUUGAUUACAUGAAAAACCAUGGUUGGGUGCUUGAUGAUAGGUCUUGUAAUAUACUUCUUGUGGCACUUAGGAGGGCAGGUUUGGUCGAGCCGGCUCUUGGGUUCUUUCGUCGAAUGGUUGAUGUGGGCGUUUGCCUUUCGGUUUAUUCAUUGUCUGUCGUUGUCGAUGGGCUUUGCAAGAAGGGAGAUGUGAAUAGAGCUAGGGAGUUUCUUGAUGAGAUGGGUGGUAGAGGGAUCAAACCCAAUGUGGUCUCGUAUAAUUCAUUGAUAGAGGCCUAUGCCAAGAAAGGCAAUUUUGAUGGGGUCGAUGAGAUCUUAAAAUUGAUCGAUGAGGGUGGUGUGGCCCGUAAUGCCGUGACAUAUACUGUGAUAAUUGAUGGGUUGUUGAAUUUUGGUCGGAUCAAUGAGGCAGAGAGGGUGUUUGAGGAUAUGAAUGAGAGGGGAGUGGAGGGAGAUGUGUAUCUGUACACUUCGAUAAUCAAUGUGAAUUGUUGGGCGGGGAACAUGAGGCGAGCAUUUGCCCUCUUUGAUGAAUGUGCCGAGAGAGGUAUUGAUCCGAAUGCGCAUACUUAUGGUGCGUUGAUCAAUGGCCUUUGUAAAGCGGGCCAGAUGGGGGCUGCAAAGAUCUUGUUGACUGAAAUGCAAAGUAAAGGGAUUGAUGCCAAUGUGGUGAUUUUCAAUACAUUGAUGGAUGGAUAUUGCAAGAAGGGAUUGCUUGAGGAAGCUCUUAAACUACAGGUUGUUAUGGAGAAGAAGGGCCUCGAACUAGACGUGUAUGCUUAUAACACGAUUGCAAGUGGCUUGUGGAAGUCAAGCAGGGCUGACGAAGCAAAGAGGCUUUUGUAUGUCAUGGUAGAAAGAGGGGUGCCUCCGAACACCGUCACCUUCACUACAUUGAUUGAUAUACAUUGCAAGGAAGGGGAUUUCGUUGAAGCAAGGAGAGUGUUGCGUGAGAUGGAGGAGAAGGGGGUGAGGCCCAAUAGUGCAACUUACAAUGCGAUGAUCGAUGGGUACUGCAAGAAGGGCAGCAUUAAGGAAGCCCACAAGCUUAGGGAUGAAAUGGAGGAGAGAGGAUUGGAUAUGGAUGUGUACACAUACACAUCGCUUAUACACGGGCAUUGUGUAUUUGGGAAGGUAGAUGAUGCAAUCACACUGUUUGAUGAAAUGCCUAAGAAAGGUAUUCCUCAGAAUGUUGUGACAUACACGGCAAUGAUCUCGGGCUUGUCUAGAGAAGGGAGAUCGGAAGAAGCGUUUAGAUUGCACGAUGAGAUGAGAAAAGCAGGCUUGACGCCAGAUGACACUGUAUAUUCGACUCUCAUUGGUAGCCUUCAUACAUCGAAGCGGGAAGAGUCAUGAUACAUUCAAAUCACAAUGUCAUUUACCAUUACAUCAUCUUCUUGUUGACAAUCUAGCGAGUGGUUUUAGAACUUCCCUUGGUUUUGUGCG